CGGGAAGGUCAAUUUGACCAAACGUCCGAGGAAAGACGAUACAUCAAAAGUUCUUUUUUUUUCUCCCAAAUGUUUAUUUAUAUCUUUAUGCUUUUACCACAACGCUUCCAGGCAGAAGUCGUCGUCAGUGCGCUUAUCAUCCCUGUGUGACCGUGUUUGUGCUCAUAAUUCAUGCAGACCUCGGCGUGGCAAGAGACCAGGUUAUAUGACAGUCUUCGGUCUCUGCUGGUUGUAUAUUAACAAGUUGCUGUGUGUGGAAGAGAGACAGAGGAAGUAUUUUUAUUUAUUUUAUUUUAUUUUUUGAAGAGACAGAUGUUGGAAUUGGAGGGACACUGGACGUGAGGAAAAGACAAAGCCUUCAUGAAUUUUGUUCUACCACUGUCAGAGCGUUAAAAUGGCUUCAAGCCGAUGGUUCUUGGUGCUGUUCACCUUUGGGACACUGAUCGCGUCGCAUCACGCCAUCAGACAAUGUUUGAGAGGCGUCUCAAUGAACGUGAUCCUCCUGGAGGACGAGGAGUCUCCCUGGAGCUUAAAGUUUGUCCGAGGACAAAUACUGAAAGCCUUGGAGUCAGAGUCCGUUCACGAAAACGACACUAAAUUCAAUCUGACGGUGAAAUUUGGUGGCUUCAACACAACUUACUAUCGACGAAGAGGCUGCCACAGUACUGCGUGUGAAGGAGUGACUGAGUUAAAAAAUCUUUUGCAUUCACAAAGCCUGGGCUGCGCCGUGCUUGGCCCCACAUGCACGUAUGCCACUUUCCCCUUGGUCGACGGUGAGAAGGGUCUAAAGUUAAGCACACCGAUCAUCUCAGCCGGCAGCUUCGGACCCUCCUGUGACAACACACUCAACCUGCAGCGCCUCCUGCCGCCCGCGCGCAAAAUCUCAGACUUUUUUGUCCACUUCUGGAACGAAAAUAACCCCAUCAAGCCAGUGUGGGAGACAGCUUAUGUGUAUAAGGUCCAGCCUAGCACAGAGGAAUGCUUUUGGUAUAUAAAUGCACUGGAAGCAGCCUCGCACAUGUUUGCUCAGAAGGUGAAAAGAACGAUGCUGCGCAAACCGGAAGACCUCACAGAAGUCCUGUCGUCUCACAGCAAGAGGAGAAGCAACUUGUUUAUCAUGUGCGGCUCAGUGAAGGAUGUUAUGGAGGUGAAGAAUCUUACGGCAGAGGCGGAUAGCAGUGACAUCCUCUUCAUCCUUAUCGAUCUCUUCAAUGAUCAAUACUACAUCAAUACAACGUCCCAUCAGUCCAUGAAGAACGUGUUGGUACUCACCAUGCCUAACAGCAGGAACUACACCAUCAAUUCAGACCCGAAAAGCAACAACACAAUGAACGACUACAUGGCUGCGUACCAUGACUCAGUCUUGCUGGUCAGUCGGGUGAUGAGGGAAAUACUUGCCAAACCUAACUCUGGAGCUCAUCACAUGCCAUAUGUUACUGUGAAUUACCUCAGGAACAUCUCAUUUGAUGGCAUCGCAGGGAACUAUCGGCUCGACAAGUACGGUGACAGAGACGUGAACCUCUCUAUCAUUUACACAACUAAUGACAACGAGUAUCACAUCUUAUUCAAGUUUGACACGGAGGACAGCUUGACCAUGGUGGUUGAGGACCACCCCUCCUUCGUCUGGGGGACAAGUCUUCCGGAUUUCAGCCCGGAUGAAGAGGAGCCUUCACUCGACAUCGUCGUCAUCAUCUUGGCUGUCAUGGUGGUGGUGGUGGCCAUCAUCGCUAUCAUCUUUUACAGGCAGAACAGGAGAGAUCGUCUCCUGAGGAAACGGGGGUCCAUCUCCCAUAUCCCCUCGGACCUCGUCACCCUGCUGGAGGACAACUCGCUCAACCAAGUCUAUCUCAAGAUUGAAGAGAGGAAAAAGGUUUAUAAAAUCCGCCGUGCGCUCUAUGAUAAGAAGAUUGUCAUCCUGAAGGAGCUCAAUCAUUCCGAUGGAAACUUCAAUGACGCAGAAAGUGGAGCUUCAUGCGCUACUGCAAAUUGACUACUACAACCUCACUAAAUUCUACGGCACAGUCAAGUUUGAUCAGGGUGUGUUUGGGGUGUUUGAGUACGGCGAACGGGGAUCGCUUCGGUAUGUACUGAAUGACAAGGUGUCCUACCCAGAGGAGACGUUCAUGGACUGGGAGUUCAAGAUCUCAGUCAUGUAUGACAUUGCCA